AUGGCUUCCCAACCACCCCCUCAUCCUCACAACAUCCAGGGUGAUUUCUAUGCAGCCUCCCAAAUGGGGGGCAACGCUGGCGGUCACGGGAAUCACAACAAUAUAUUCAACGGCGGGCAAGAGGACAUGAAGACUCAACUGGCGACUAUCAGAGCCAUGUACGAAGCGCAGAACAUGAGCAAGUACGACUACAACACCUAUCUCGGACAAGUGCAGAAGAUACAGGAGACGCUUGGGGAGAUGUUGCGCGACGCGGAUGAUCUCGAGGGAAAGCUGGAGGCAGACCGUCAGAAGAAGUUCCCACCCCGCAACAGAAUGCCCGAGGUAGAUGCCAAUUGGCCCACCCCCGCCGCCACAAAAUCUAUGAAGCGCGGAAAGUAG